AAAUGUACAUGACUUGCCUCACAGUGACAAUGACAUAAGGAACGUUCCAAGAGGUACACGCGGAACCUAGGCUAAUCAUCGCACUAGAGAUUGGUGCGGCAAGGCGCUCUGCGUUUGUUUAGAAUUGUUGUAUUGAUAUAGUGGCCGCCCACUGCCUGCCAUUUAAAAAGUUAAAUUGACAUCCCUAGCCGCAGCACGGAUGGAGCAUCUAUCGAGGUUCGUAGGUCAGAUGUCCUUGACAGAUGACAGCAGAGCAGAGGGCAUCAUCUCAUCGGAGUAUAGUAAUAUCCGUGAUCGAACUUCCAUCAUCAAGAAAGAUCUUGGCCUCACGACGAAAGCCGGGGCACUGAAGGACAAUGUAAAGAAGAAUCGUUACAAAGACAUUUUACCAUAUGACCAGACCCGUGUUCCCCUAACUCUACUGACGAAUGACAAUGAUUCUGACUAUAUCAACGCCAGCUUCAUUAAAGGUGCAACAGAGACCAGAAAAUACAUAGCGACCCAAGGACCUCUGAGGAACACUUUGGUUGACUUCUGGCAAAUGAUUUGGCAGUAUGAUGUAAAGGUUAUAAUCAUGGCUUGCAGAGAAAUUGAAAUGGGAAAGAAAAAGUGUGAGCGCUAUUGGACAACUGUCAAGGAAACAACCCCCUUUGGUCCCUUUAUUGUCUCAAAUCUUGAAGAAUCCAACCCAAAUGAGGAAGUAGUCUUGAGGACUCUGACUGUGAGAUUUCAUAAUGAAACACGGACUAUCUCUCAAUUCCAAUACACAGCUUGGCCUGAUCAUGACAUUCCAUACACAGCUGGUGGUAUUUUAGAAAUGAUGGAUAUGGCUCGCAAAGCCCAGGGAAACAACACUAGCCCUGUUCUCAUCCACUGCAGUGCUGGUUGUGGAAGAACAGGGGUGAUUUGUGCCCUGGAUUAUGUUCAUGAUCUUCUUGUCACAAAGCAAAUCAAAGGAGAUUUCAAUAUCAUGAAGAUUGUAGUGGAACUAAGGAGACAGAGGCCAUCAGCUGUUCAGACAAAGGAGCAGUAUCAGUUUGUGUUUUCUGCCGUGGCUUAUAUGUUUGAGAAGGCUUUACGGUCACCUGAGAACAACUACCAGAAUCUCACCAAGAGCAACCAACCUCUCUAUGAUGACGUUGAGUCUGUGAAGACCUCUCCACCGAUAACAUCAGCCAUCACUCAGCCACUUGAAAAAAGAAAUUCUAGUGUGCAGCCCAGAGCGCCUCAACUGUGCCAGCAGACGAUGGAUGACACCUAUGCUGUGGUCAACAAGUCCAAACAGCUUCCGUCACUAGCCUCUUCCUCAGCUCCUCCGGCCGCUCUCCAUCACUAUGACAACGCAGAGCUGGGCACCCUGAAAUGCCCCGCCACUGCUCUCUACAGCACGGUCAAGCCCAAGAGCAGGUGUCCUCCAGUCAAUCCACCUCCAGCGGCCUCACCCAUAUAUGACACAGCUAGACCGGCCAAUCACAGGCUAGCUGAGGCCACGUUAGGGAAGGAACAGAGUGGCUAUGAACAGGUCACAGCUGAGCAUCAUUCCUCGAUGGGAGAGGACUACGAAUAUGUCUCAAAUCCCAUCAAAGACCUGACCAACAGCUGUACUCCUGGUAGCAUGGGGUUCAACUGUCGCAUUAGGAAACCCAAAGGGCCCCGGGAUACCCCGGCAGAGUGGAGUCAUGUGGAGAGAUGAUACAGCAACCCCAUACCAGGCCUGGGAAUGGGCUCUUUCUUUUGUAACCCUUUUGAUUUGGUAUAUUUUUCAGAUCUGUUGUACCACUUCUUUAUUUAUUGUGAUUGAUAUGACUGAUGGAAAAAAUAUAUAUAUAUAUAUUAUGAAACAUCGUCCCAUUCUGAGACAGGUAUUGUUUUUGGAUACUACACAGGUUUUGGAUCUUCAGCUGUCCCCAUUGGAGAAGCCUUUUAAAUAACAACCUUUGGUUCCAGGUAGAACCCUUUCCACAGAGGAACCCUGAAGGAUUCCACCUGUAACCAGAAAUUAUUCUUCAAAGGGUUCUCCUAUGUGGACAGUCAAAGAAGCCUUUUGGAAAUUAUUUUUUCUAAGAGUGUAUUUACCAAAUUCAAGUUAUGGUGUGAUGGCACUAACCAACAGGGGGCGCUAUAGUAACAUGGGAUAAUGAGCUUUUCAAUAUUAACGAAACAGGUAUUGUCAAAUGUUUUUUUCACAGGUAUUUAAAAAAAAUCUCUACUCAUUUCUGGUGACAAGGACUUACAAUAAAGACAAAAAUUUCUUCAA